GAGGGCAGGGUUGCUGAUUUAAAUCAGAACCUCUUCAAUAAAUAUUUGUUUUUACACUUACAGCCUCAGUUCAGAAACGUAUAAACUAAAAACUUUUAGUUAAGAUUUGUUGAGUUUAUUAUGUUUUAAAAGGUUUUUAGCCUACUCUCAGAUAACCAUAAACCGAAAUUAAAUUGAAGAUCAAUUAAAAAUGUUGAGUUCCCAGGUUAUAUUUCUGUUUUAUUUCUUGCUUUGUACUUUAAUUCAGUUUCAAAGAACAACCUUUGCAAAGCUGCUUUUUCAUACUCCCCCUUAUUAUUGCAGCAAAAAUCUCCCGUUACUUUCACUGUAAAUGUGUCCGAACUUUAUUGUACGAGUCCAUAAUACUUCAUGAAUAUUUUGACUUUUGCCGUUUUGCAUCAAAACUUACAUAUUUCUUGUAUAGUUUUUUUGCCAUAUCUUUUUUUUAGAAGCCAAAGAUGAAUCACAGAAAGACGAACUGAUGAAUGUUUUUCAUAAUUAAUACCUUUACUAUGGAAUUUACAUUGCAAUCAUUUAUAGCCUAUUUAUUUAUAUCUUUUUUUCUUUAGAUGCCUGUUGUGAAAUUCCUGAGAUCAUUUUUCUUUAGCUAAAAUCUCAUUUGGUGUCCCUUUGAUUUCGGAAAUGUCUGUGGAAACAAUAUGUCAUGACUUUCAUCUUCAAUGUUUUCUUUCUGUAGGUUUGCGCGCAGGGCGACGAGUGUUCAUGACAGACUGUUAACAACGGGAGCGUGCAUCUGAUCUCUGUGCGCGUAACAGUGAAUCUACAAAUGCACCAAUCCUGAGCUCGGGACACGGUGGCGAGCAAUGAGUCGUUUGCAGAGACGCAGCAGUGAAUGUCUCAGAUCUGUUCAGAAGCGGUAGCAUCGCUCGCGUGAAGUUCAGCGCGCGGUGACACGGACGUGCCAGAUGGCGGGAGCGCAGCCGGGAGUUCACGCGCUCCAGCUCAAACGCGUUUCAGUGCCCGAGAAGCUGAAGACGGGUGACAAGUUCAUGAAAUGGGACGAUGACUGCACCACAGUUACGCCGGUGACACUGCGUGUUGAUCCUCACGGAUACUUCCUGUACUGGACUGAUCAGAAUAAGGACACCGAGCUGUUAGACGUCUCCCUCAUCAAAGAUACCAGAAAUGGGAGAUUUGCCAAGAUGCCAAAGGAGGCGAAGCUGCGAGAGCUGCUGGAUGUGGGGACUCUGGAGGGGAAGAUGGAGAACCGGACGCUCACAGUGGUCAGUGGCUCGGACAUGGUCAACAUCACCUACCUGAACUUUGUGGCCUUUCAUGAAGAGGUGGCCAAGGAGUGGGCCGAGGAGCUUUUCAGCUUGGCAUCGAACCUGCUGGCGCAGAACAUGUGCAGGGAAUCCUGUCUGGAGAAGCUAUACACAAGACUGACGUUACAGUCGACGGCCGAGGGCGGGAUUUCUGUGAAAAACAUUGCCCGCCUGAUCCCUGUUGAAAAACGGCGAGUUGAAAACGCUCUGGAGGUCUGCGGCCUGAUGACCCGACGAGGAGACUCCAUUCCUCAGGACAGAUUUACACCUGAAGUAUACCGACAGCUGCUGAACAACAUUUGUCCACGGAACGACAUCGAUACGAUCUUCUCAGAAAUCGGCGCUAAGAUCCGUCCGUACCUCACCGUGGAGCAGAUGACCGAUUUCCUGAACAACAAACAGAGAGACCCUCGUCUGAACGAGAUCCUGUACCCGCCCCUCAAAGCCGAGCAGGUGCAGGGAUUGGUGGAGAAAUACGAGCCUGACACCAUGCUUUCACAAAGAGGGCAGAUCUCAGUGGAGGGAUUCGCCAGAUAUCUGAGCGGAGAAGAGAACAGUAUCAUCCCUCCAGAGAAGCUGGACCAGAGUGAAGACAUGACGCUGCCGCUCUCACAUUACUUCAUCAACUCCUCGCACAACACCUACCUCACAGCGGGUCAGCUGGCUGGAAACUCAUCGGUGGAGAUCUACCGGCAGGUCCUGCUGUCCGGCUGCCGCUGCGUGGAGCUGGACUGCUGGAAGGGCCGGACCGCCGACGAUGAGCCGGUGAUCACACACGGCUUCACCAUGACCUCCGAGAUCUCCUUCAAGGAGGUGAUCGAGGCCAUUGCAGAGAGUGCCUUCAAGACGUCUCCGUUCCCCGUCAUCCUGUCCUUUGAGAACCACGUGGACUCUCCAAAACAGCAGGCAAAGAUGGCGGAGUAUUGUCGAUCAAUAUUUGGAGAUGCAUUGCUCACAGACGCGCUGGAGAAAUACCCUUUGGAGGCCGGUGUUCCUCUGCCGAGCCCAGUGGACCUGAUGGGGAAAAUCCUCAUCAAAAACAAGAAGAAUUCCCACAAAUCCGACGGCAGCGCCAAGAAGAAGCUGACUGAGCAGACGUCCAGCGCCUGCAGCGACACGUCCAGCAUGUGUGAGCCCUCGUCCCCCAGCGCAGGGUCGACGCAUCAGGAGACGCCAGACAGCGUUCAUGCAGACGGGACUGAGAGAGGCGAAAGAAGAUUCCAGGGAAUGAAGUCCUUUGAUAAAACGAGCGGCUCGAUAUCAAAUAACGCAGGUGAAGCAGACGCAGAGAGUGAUGUUGAUGAUGAUAACGAUGAAAGUAAAAAGUCAAUUGAUGAGGGGAUGGCAGUAAAUGAAGCCUUCGCCACAGAGGAGAUGUCCAACUUAGUCAACUACGUUCAGCCUGUUAAAUUCAACUCCUUCGAGGCGUGCAAAAAGACUGACCGAAGUUACGAAAUGUCGUCGUUUGUGGAGACUAAAGCGCUGGAGCUGCUCAAAGAGUCACCGGUGGAGUUCGUCGAGUAUAAUAAACUACAGCUGAGCAGAAUUUAUCCCAAAGGAACGCGAGUCGACUCCUCGAACUACAUGCCUCAAGUCUUCUGGAACGCCGGCUGUCAGCUGGUCGCUCUGAACUUCCAGACCAUCGAUCUGCCCAUGCAGCUGAAUCUGGGCAUAUUCGAGUACAACGGGAAAUGUGGCUACAGACUGAAGCCGGAGUUCAUGAGACGGACGGACAAACAGUUUGACCCGUUCACACAGAGUACAGUAGACGGGAUCGUCGCGCACACGCUGUCCGUGAAGAUCAUCUCCGCUCAGUUCCUGUCUGAAAAGAAAGUGGGUGUUUACGUGGAGGUGGAAAUGUACGGCCUGCCGGUGGACACCAAACGGAAAGCGUUUAAGACCAAGACGUCCCAAAGCAACGCCGUCAAUCCGGUGUGGGAUGAAGAGCCAAUGGUCUUCAAAAGAGUGGUUCUUCCCACGCUCGCGUCGCUGAGGAUAGCCGUGUACGAAGACAACGGAAAAGUUAUCGGCCAUCGCAUCAUCCCAGUAUGUGCCAUCCGACCUGGAUAUCAUUACAUCAGUCUGAGGAAUGACAAGAACCAAGCGGUGAAUCUGUCGUCCGUGUUCGUCUACACUGAGGUCAAGGACUACGUCCCAGACACCUUUGCAGAUGUGAUCGAGGCUCUGUCCAAUCCCAUCCUGUAUGUCAGUCUGAUGGAGCAGAGAGCCAGUCAGCUGGCGGCUCUGACACAGGAGGAGGAGGAGGCCGACGGAGAGCAGGUGAAUGGAGGUGGAGAUCUGGUGUCAGAGGUCACGCCUGACCCGAACCCGGCCGCGGCAGCAGAGAACGGGCUGAACCAUGACAGAGUCUCGCCCAAACCCUCCGUGGUCAGUCAGCAGACUCCAUCCUCAGGGUCGGUCAAACCUGUCGUGAGGCCUGAGGACGUCGUGCAGAGCGUUUUAACAGAGGUGGAGGCUCAGACUGUAGAUGAACUGAAACAGCUGAAGGGUUAUUCGAGGGAGCAGAAGAGGCAGUACAAAGAAUUAAAGGAUCUCAUGAAGAAACACAACAAGAAAACAAACGACUUGAUCAACGAACACGCGGCCAAACAGAAGCAGCUGCACAGCGAGUUCCUGCGCCGCAGGUCGGCCCUGCAGAAGAGGAGCGUCUGUGAUCAGGAUGCGGAUCUGCUGGCGCUGGAGCAGGAGAGGGCGCAGAAACUGAGUGAACUGAAGGAGCAGCAGCAGCAGCAGCUCCUCACGCUGCGACAGGAGCAGUUCUACAGCGAGAAGUACCUCAAACGGGAACACGUCCGACUGCUGGUCGAGAAGCUGACGGCCGUGGCGGAGGAGUGUCAGAGUAACCAGCUGAAGAAACUCAAAGAUCUGUGCGAGAAAGAAAACAAAGACUUGAAGAAAAGGAUGGACAAGAGACGACAGGAGAAGUUUCAUGAAGCCAGAACGCUGGAGAAAACUCUGACCGACGAGAGAAAGAUGGAGAUGAACAGAUCUCACGUGAAUGAGGUGGUGCAGUCCAUCAGACGGCUGGAAGACGCUCAGGCCAAACGUCUGGAGAGAAUGCUGGAGAAACAUAAAGAUAUUCGACAGCAAAUCCUGGAUGACAAACCGAAGCUUCAGAGCGAGCUGGACCAGGAGUAUCAGGACAAGUUUCGGAGGCUCCCGGUGGAAAUCCAAGAAUUCGUGCAGGAUUCUGCUGCUUGUAAAGGCAAGCUGAUCAACAGCAGUGACUGUCUUCCUGUUUCCGCCACGACGGACGCGAACAGGGAGCUGGAAUCUUCAGAGAAAGCGUUGAACACGACUCUCUGAGUUUGUGUUUGUACUUCAUGCGCCCUUGAGUUUUCCCUGAUUUAAUGUGCACCUUUUAGUAUGACGACUGGAUGACUUACUUGAACAAUGUUAAAAAUAAUUUUCCUUUUCUUUCUUACUUUUAAAAUGUAGUUUUCACAAGAACUUGCUGCUUAAGUGGAUUUUAAUAUGCAUAUAUGUUUAGAUGGACUCUCAUGUAUGUUUAGAUGAGUCUUAAUGAGCAGUCGUUUAAUAUGAAAUGUAGAUUACUUAAGCGGACUACUAAGGUCACAUAUGUUAUCGUGGACGUUCAUCCCAGACGUGGCUGCUAUAUAUACAUACAUAUACACACAUAUAUGAGCCAUUCUACAGAAGUGGUGCAAACUGCUGUCCCACAAUCAAAAACACAUUUAAAAAGCAUUUCAUUAUUAAAAUUUUAGAUUGUCACUAAACUUCACCACAUGUUUCAUUCGAGGCUGUUUCGUUAGUGACAAAAGGGAACAUAUAAUCAUUUAUUUAGGGGAAAUAAACACAAUUUUAGUACAGUUAUGCAAAUCAUUAGUGUUUUAGUAUGCGAGUUAAAUCGAGUCAUGUGAUGCGGUCACUACCGACACAUUACUGUCACUACUGAAACUGUGCAUCACGACCGAAACAUGGGAUGUUUUGUCAGAAAUAAAGUAUAUUGAAUGAUCAACUAAGAUGUUAUUAUAGUGUUUGAUUCAAACUAAUGAAUCCUUCACUUUGAAAUCAGUUUGAUAAACUUUAUGACUUUUACAAAAAAAAAAUUGGAUUCAAAAUACAACAAAUCUCAUAAAUUACACUUGAAAUAUUGUUAAAAUUGUAAUUGUUAUUGAUUUACCUGUGAAAACUAUAAAAAUAUAUUUCCAAGGUAGAUGUGAACAAAAUCUUAAUAGGUCAAUGUGACCCUUCUUAUUAAAUGAUUUAUUAUUGUGUUUCGGUAGUGACAAAUGUGGGGAGAGGAAAAAUAUUCCAAAACUUUCUGAAAAUACAAUAUGAGAAUUAACUGCACAAUUACUAGAAAUGUGUAGCUUGAAUAUUAUACAAUUUGCAUACAAACAAAUUUUGUUGAAAAAGACUCUGACUUUGAACCAGUUCUGCAGAAUGACCCAUAUUUACACAACAACACAUGGACAUUAAAACAGGCAUCAAGUGAUUCAUCUGCAUGUUAUUGUGAUGUGGAGGGAAAACAUUUAUUUACAACAUUUAUGCAUUUGGCAGACACUUUUAUCCAAAGCGACUGUGUUCAAGUUAUACAUUCUGCAAGUUUACGCAUUCCCUGGGAAUCGAACCCGUGACCCUGGCGUUGCGAGCGCCACGAUCUCCUGCUUGAGUCACAGGAAUGCUGUUUAAUAGGAAGAUUCAUAGAGUCAUUUAAGAUGUUUAAUAAAGAUUCUCAUGUGCCACAUAGAGGAAUAUCUGACCACAAAGAUACUGUUUAUGACCGAGUCACGCCUGGACCAAAGCUGUUUCAAACGAAGAACUUGAUGUGAAUGUUUACCAGAGGAAGACGUGAACAUUUGCGCGUGAACUGGUUCUUUUAUCAAUAUUUACGAAGCUCCUUGACGUGUCUGAUACUAUCCAGCACUUGUCAAAACAACACCAGUGCCACGAACUGUACUGACCGCGUCUCAGAGAGAUGUUUGCCGUGACGUGAGAGUCCUGUGCCUUCGAACACGUUCACCUUCUCUAAUGCAGCGUGUAAAUUUGUCAUUUUAAUAUAAUGAGCUUCUCUUUUGUCUGUCGGUGUCUGGCGCACUACUGAGUAAAGCUUGUGACUGCAGUAUUUCAGAGAAAUGUUACAUGCAUAGAAAGUUUCUGUACGUGAAGCUCCUUCACAAACGCCUGUGGAUGAAAUAAACGCUGCUUCUGUCUGAACGUG